CUGUCACCAACAUGACCUUGAUUUUAACGUGCAUGUAAAGUUCAUGCAUGGUUAAACAACAGAAGUAGUCGUUUCUUCUUCUUUUUCAUUUCAUCUUGGGGAUGUACAGACCAUCAGCUGCUCAUGCUAAUUAUGAAAAGAGGAAGGAAGGCAGGGCAGCUUUAUGCAAUCGUCCUUAUCGUCUUAUCCUACAAAAGACAAGUUUUCUUUCAAGACUCGAUUAACUAGCAGAGAUUUUAGUUUACUUGAACAUCAGAAAUAGUGUUUAGUAUUUGCAUCUUAUCUUUCUUCUGAUAAUUUUUGCCAUACAGAAAUCAGCAGAAUGGAUAUGAGUUUAACUGCAGCAGCGAUGGGAUUUGUUGUCUGUCUUCUCUCUUUGUCAGUGGUACAGGGUCAAGAUCGCUGGGGAAUAGCUUACUCUACUUCUUGGAUAUGUGCUUUAAAAGGAGCAACAGUGGAGAUAAGCUGCACCUACAGAUACCCAAAGAUGAUCAAUGGCCUGCCUACUACAGUUGAGCAUACAUUCUGGUAUCGUAAACUGCAGGAUAAAGUGCCCUUUGACCUGAGGGCCGACGCAGAGUAUGCAGGUCGGGUGCAGUAUCAUUGUGAGGAAAACAGCUGCACUCUGAGAAUAACAGACCUGAGAGAGAGCGACUCGGCUUGGUACAUAUUCAGGUUCAUGACAAACCAAGAAGGUGGGAGUUUCAGUGGUGCUCGUGGAGUCUAUUUGUCUGUUACAGGUUUCCAGGUGCAGAUUUACAAAUCAGAACCAUGCAAAAGACAUGACUGCACAUGGUCGCAUUUUGUGUGUAAAAGCAAAUGUUAUCUACCUGGUCAGACUUCCUACAUCUGGUACGAGAAUGGGGAGAAAAUUCAGAGGCCAACGUCAUAUUCUUAUGAAAAAUAUUUUUAUUCUGCAAACAGUUAUGCUUGUGCUGUACACGGAUACGAAGAAUCAACCUCGCCUUCAGUGUGUGGCCAUGGUCAUUCAUGCAACAGAGUGAUGUACAAUGACAGAACAAUCUGUGCCUUCAAAGGCUCAUCAGUGGACAUUUCCUGCACUUACAACAGUUAUGGUAAUAGAAUAUCAAAAUUCUGGUUCAGUCGUGAACAAAGUCACCAUCCGGGAUAUUAUAAACGACCUGAGGACCUCAGUAAAGCCUCCCAGUAUUCAGAUCGUUUCCAGGUUAUUGAAACAGAGAGCGGACGCUCCACUCUGAGAAUCUCUGACCUGAGAGAGGGAGAUUCAGCAGAAUAUCGCUUCAAAUUCAGAACAGGAGAUUUUGAAUGGCAGAGCAAAUUUCCUGGUACAUCUCUGACUGUCAAAGAUCCUGAUUUAAAGGUCCAGGUGAUCUGGUCUGCUAUGGGUCCAAGACUCAUUUGUCACAGCAGCUGUAUCCAUGGAGGUCGCUCUCCCUUCGUUUGGUUCAAGAAUGAAACAAAAAUUAUAGAAGAAACCUCUUCAUCUUAUGAAGGAUUAGUCGACCCUGCAGACAUGUAUUCCUGUGCUUACGAGGGAUAUCACUCUUUUUCUGUGUAUGCCCCGACACCUCCGUCAGUGUUGAUGAGACCCCCUGGUGACAUAAUGAGGAACAGUUCAGUGACUCUGACCUGUAGCAGUGACGCUAACCCAGCACCUAGAUACACCUGGUACAAGAAGAACCAAUCACUGCUCAAAGAACCACACCUUUACCUCCACUCCGUCCAGUCUGCUGACUCUGGAGAGUAUUACUGUACAGCUGAGAACAUGCUGGGAAGGAGGAAAUCAAAAUAUGUUUCUGUGAAUGUGAAAUAUUGUCCACAGGUUGCAACUUUGUCAGUGAGUCCCUCUGGCAAGAUAGUGGAGGGCAGUACAGUGACUCUGACCUGUAGCAGUGAUGCUAACCCAGCAGCUAAUUAUACCUGGUACAAGGAGAACCACAAACUGCUUGAAGGACAGGAAAGCAUUUAUAAUUUCACCAACAUCAGCUCAGAGGACAGAGGGCUCUACUACUGCAAAUCUGAAAACCAAUAUGGAAAAGUCAACUCCACUUCUCUAUUUUUAGAUGUUCAUUAUGGUCCAAAGCUUCCCUCUGUGUCAGUAAUUCUCUCUGCUGAGGUUGUGGAGGGCAGUUCGGUGACUUUGAUAUGUAGCAGUGAUGCUAACCCAGCAGCUAACCACACCUGGUAUAAGGAGAAUGAAGACUCACCUAAAGCUUCAGGACCGAUCUUCACCAUCAGUGACUUCAGGGCUGAACUCAGUGGAAAUUAUUACUGUGUAGCCCAGAACACAUUAGGACGUCAUACUUCUGCCUUUCAUAUGAUGGCCAUUGCAGGGGCAAGGACUUCAGCAGCUGUAGGAACAAUCACUGCUGUUGUCCUAGCUAUCAUUCUUCUCACUGUCUUCUUUUGGAUAAGGAGAAAGAAGUCCUUCAUACAACAAUCCACUGGUAGUAAGAGACCCGAUAACAUAGCACAGCAAAAUAUAAGUCCAAUGUGUGAGAACGCGUCAGCUGCAUCACAGAGACGACUACCUGAACAGCAGGAUCCCCUUAGCUAUGUAUCUGCUUCUUUCAAAACCAGGCAAAUGUUCUCUACUCCAACGUCAGCCCAGCCCGGCCCCACAGACGAUCACAGGAAGAGGACAGAGAGGAUCAAAUUGAAUAUGCAACUGUCCAAAUAAAGACUGCCGGUAGACAUCAAGGGUGAGAAUCUCCUACGAAAUCAAAUGUGGAAUUGCUAGAUACUCUCAUCAAAUAAAUAUACAUUGAGUUUGACAUAUAUUUUCCCCUGAACUGAUCAAGCCACCAAGAAGCAAGAGAGGAUUCCUUUUCUCAGUAUAACACUGUCAAACCAAGAUUACACAAAAACUUCUUUCAAGGAGUUACCCUGAGGAUUAAGACCCCAUGCAUUCAUACUGAGCGUCUCCAAAUCCAGUUUACCUUCAAAAAUACACAUUUUCAUCUUCUUUUGAGCGGUUGCUUGACCUCAAUUACAAUACCAAAACAUGUACUGAGCCUGCUCUAAUUAUUAUUUUGAGUUUUAUCAAGCGCAUGAAACAUGAAACUAUUUCAGAUAUGAUAAUGUACAGCUGUGUUAAAACAGUAACUUUGGGGCAAAGCAUCAUGUCAAGAUCUAAUUUCGCUGCACCAGCACGGACGAGUCUUUAGACCAAAUUCACAGAUUUUGCUACACAUCAUGAACAACUUCUUCAAGGUUUUCUGAGUAAAUUUGACGUGGAUAUUUUCAACAGAUUUGGAGCUGUACCUCAUAGUAAUAAUAUGUAAUUUUCUUUCACCACAAAAGGAUGAUAUGUCUAAUAUGGAAUAUCAAUCAGUCAAUAAAUCUUUUUUUGUAUAGCUCAAAUUCAUAACACAUCUCGAGACACUUUAAAAAAGCAGGUAAAACACCAUGUUUAUUUUUUGUUAUUUAAUAUUAAAAAAGAGCAGGUAAAAAGACCUUACUGAUUGGUGUAUUACACAGUCCUAAUGUUAAUCUGUCAAAAUGGAGGUGGAUUAAAUGAUAUACCUAGGAGGA